AUAUUUUCAGUUGAUUUGUGCUCACACUGUUCCUGCAGUGCUGUUUGUGCUCACAGCCUCAGGACAUCAUUACUGCGGCUCUCCAACCGUCACAGAGAGCUCCUCCUGCCCCCCAGAUAACAAAACAAGGCCUUCUUGCAACAGAGGCCGUUUGUCACCCUGCAGCCUAAACAUUACGCAUUUUGACCGCCGACCGACGCACAGCUGAUCUUGCACAAGUGUGGUUUCUCCGUGUCAUAUAGGAGCUGCUGGAUUGCUGGGAAGAAGACGGAGGCUGUCGAAGUUGGGACUUUGGAGAGGGAGGUAUAGCUAUAGCCACACUCUAAAAGGAAUCAUCCCGAUCAGGACUCCAGGAGGACGUUCCUGUGUGAGCUUGAAGAGAAUAUAUUUGAUACGUCCACAGCAGCAGGACAUCAUGAUGGAAGAGGAGAUCAUCGAGGACCGGGCCAAGCUGAAGCAGGGCCUGGUCAAGGUGCUCCAGUGCGUGGCCACCAUCUCCUCGGCGGCGGCCGUGGUCAACCCCAUCUUUGGCGUGGCCGGUUCCCUGAUCCGGGUGGUGCUGCACCACGUUGACGACGAGGACAUCCGCACCCUGAAGCGGGAGUUCGGCUCGGUGCACCGGGCGCUGGACGAACUCUCCCAGAUGAACCGCAACACGCUGGUGCAGAUCAAGAAGGAGACGCUGGACGGGCAGUACUGCCGCGUGGAGGAGAACCUGAAGAACCAGUUCAGGAAGUUCAUGGAGAUGGUGGAGGCGCGGCCUGAGCACCGCGAACGCAAGAAGGACGACUUCGAGGAGAGCUACUCCAACGACUUGGGAGACCAGAACCUGCACACGCUGUACGACGGCGUGGUGGGCAAGCCCAAGCUCUUCAGCAGACCCAUCCUGGAGGUGUACCUGAAGCACUCGCAGGGCGACCGCCGCACCAUGGAGCGCCUCUGCACGCGCCUCACCUACCUGUUCUGCAUCGGCCUCAUCGCCCUCAUGGGCUACGCCGCCGUCAUUGGGGACGAUGAGGAGGGUCUAAGCGAGGAGUGGGCCGAGAAGAUGGAGAACGUGCAGGAGAAGAUGCAGGAGGCUCUGUGCAGGUGCAAGUAAAGAAGAAGAGCUUUCUUUCUUUCUCCGCUGCUGCUUUUCCUCCAUAGUCAGGACUCUCACGUCCACAUUCCCACUGUCACUCUUUCUCUCCUUAUAAGCACCUUCCAAACAUCCACUUUUACUGAUUUAAAGCCUGGUCUUUGAGUCACAGGUCGAGGCAAAGAUGACUAAAUUAUAUCACAACGUUUUUGCAUUAGCUUCACGCCACAAUUGGCUCAAUUUCCAAACCGGUCUCAUUGGGAGGCGUACAAAUAAUAAGGUGUUUCCAAGACAUUUUCAGCUUUUUCUGUGACAUUAAACCAAUUAUUCAAUUAUCAAAAUAGUUGACCAUUAGUUUAAUAAUCGAUUAUUCUUCGAUUAAUCAAAUAAUUGUUGCAGCUCUACAUAGUUGUUACAUUGAGUGACAUCAAGGAACGUAACCACGGAACAAAAACGCUCAAAUCACUUUAAACGCCAACAAAUAUUUUCUUGGCAAACUGGGACAUAAACACGUGUCUCUUGGAUCAAAAUCUUGUCAUUUACCAAAACCGAUACACCCAGCACGAGCUGCGUCACCGCUUAUAUGUCGUCAUGUCACUCAGCGUAAAAUUCAUACACCAUUUGGACCGAACUGGACUUUGGCAUGAGCACUGUUUGCAAUCAUAAAGUGUAAAUUUGUAUUAUUUCCACACAGGUUGAAGAGAAAGGGCUGCAAGUUCACAGAUAAUCUCUUUAAAUUCUGUGAUGUGAUAAUUCGGGACAGUACUGUGGUGUUUUCAGUUGAUACAGAGUACUUUGAGAUAAAUCUUGAGCAAAUCCUCACCCACAUCUGUAAACAGGCUUAAACAUGAUAAAUGGAGCCAGAUUCAGUGGGAUUCCUGCCCAUUAUGCACUUUUGGAAAUGCUUUGCCAUUCAUUGUAGUUUUUUAAAUUACGUAUUACACUACAAGUAAAUCAGUUGAUUAGACUGAGCAACUGACCUAAAUAACACCUGAAUACACAGUAAUAUACAGUUACAGAGGAGCAGAAAACAAACUUCAGCUGCUGUCGAACUAAUCUAACUCCACUAGAGGGCGUCUAAUGUCUAUAUCCUAGUUUUUUUUAUCAUCUUAUGCCAUUUUUGGAGUCUUGGUUUAUUUUGUCCAUUUUUGAAUCAUUCAGCCUGUAAAUAUCACUUAAAACAUGUUUACCAUGACAUGUGGAUUAAUUUUUUUCAGUACAAUCUCACCUUUAUGACUCCAUUAUAAUUUUUUUUACUUUUUCAAUUUCUGCAUCAACAUUUAAACACAAAAGAACAUAAAAUUAGAUUAAAAAAUCUAAAAUUUAAAAUGAGGUAUUUAAUUUAACAUAACACAAUAAUGUUCAUUAAAGAAUUUUAAAUGGUGUGAAUUUGAACACAGAUUGCAAAUACAACAUAAAGGAGGUAAAAUGAGGAUAUCAUCAAGUUCUAUUUUUUAAUAUUAAAUAUAUUUGACCUUAUCUCCAGUUUUACUUGACCUAUCAUCAUCAAACAGAAACUGGCGUGGAGUUAAUUAGUUGGUAAGUUAACGGAAGGGUUCCACACUGCUUCAUUUUUACGUUGUGACGCCAUGAAGAAGUCAUAGCAUUAUUACGUUAACCCUCUGGAGUCGCUGAUCACACCAAAUCAAAUAAGACAGAGGGAGUUAACUUAGAACUAUAAUCUGUUAUAGAAAAAGCCAAAACAAGGAACAAAACAUCCCAAAGUUUCCGAAACUAUGAAUGUAACUACAGACAUUAGAUCAUGUGAUAAAUCAUGCAGAUUAUCAAGAUAUGUGCCAGAUAUUGCAUGUUUCUCAUGAUGCACUGUGCAUACCUGUUGCUGUAAAACACUAAAUGUAAUGUUAUGAAACACUAAUUUCUGAUGCUGCUUUGCCAAGUAUGUUUUCAGACACAGCACUACAUCUUCACCACAUAAGGAUACACUAAAUAUAAUUUCACAGGUCAAAUUAAACUAGUUGUGAUACAUGUUUCCAUUCUCACUAAACCUAUAAUUAUUUAAUGGUUAUUGAGAUACUUGACUUUUUCAAAUGUGUUAAAAUGUGAUGUCACAGGAAGUUAUAGUCUCACUUAGGGCUUAUGGACCAAAAGUCAUAUCCCGAUAUAUUUAGGAUAUCGAUAUAUGAUAUAUAUCCUGAUAUUUUAAUCGCAAAGUGAGAGCAAAUGUUCAGUCAAAGCCAAAUAUGACAUGUCACAAGUAGUUUUAUUGAAACUGUUUAUUUAAGUGAACAUAAACACUGUGAAAAAACAGGAGUACUUUUUUUUUUAAGUCAAAGCUCUAUAAAGUACACAUUUAGAUUAAAAAAAAUCUAAAAUAAAAAUAACCUAUGAAAUAAAAUAAAAUUUAAAUUGAACUAUAUCGAUAUAUGUGAUAUCGAUAUCACAUUUAGAAAUAUAUCGAUAUAAAAAAUAUAUUGAUAUAUCGCCCAGCCCUAAUCUCACUCUGUGCAAUUCUGCCACUUUUUUUAUUUUCUCUUAAAUGUGGAGGAGUGCAUUAUAGUCUAGUUGUAAUAUAAGAUUAUCUAUGGGGUUUUGUUGGUUUACGGCCAUUUAGAGCCUAUAAAACAUAUAUUAGCCAUUUUUUGAGGGUUGUGUUUUUUUGUUUUUUUUUACAGUUACGCCUCAGAAUCAAGGUAAAGUUUUGUCUCUUGUCCUUCACUCCCUCACCUGACCAACAGUGCCUAAAUGUGCCGAUAGUUUUGUGUUAUCUUUUUCUUUUUAGGGGUUUUUGUCGUCAUCAUUUAACUGUUUUUAUUGUGUAAGGCAUUAUGUUUUGAAUGGUCUAUACGCUACAGUUCACGUUUAAAAUAUGUGGUUAAAAUACAUUUUUGUGUGUCUUUUUUCUAGCAAACAAGUGGUUUUAAUAGCAGCUGUUGACCACUCAACAAUAUCUGGAUGUCAUUAAUUAGUUCAUAAAAUUUUUUCAUAUUUCACACAGCUCUAACCUGUUUCUCUCUCAUCUCUCUGAUUGUUACAGCAGUAUACCCUACAUAAAUAUAUUCAGAAUGCUGUCGAUAUGGAGGAAUAUUAUACGGCCCUAUAAGGCUUUUUAAAAAAUGCCAGAUAUGUGAAUAUGUUGCCUUUUUUUGUUAUGAAUCUUUGAUGCCUGGUUGUAUAUGUACCACUAUAAAUAAACAUGAGUGAAUAAUA